AUGCUGCUGGCCUGCAUUCAACGCCUGGUCGCCAGUCGAUGCUCCGGCAAGCAGACUCCUCGCAUUGCCCACCUCAUCGCUUUGGCCGGACUGUCCACCCUUUGUUCAACGAAACCACAUGUAGAGACGCCAGACGCUCGAGGGCUUGAGUCAGCCGCAAACCUCGGGCUGCCGGACCCUUCCACGAGGCAGCAGAACGAAUGGCGUCAUGUUUGGUGGGAAGGUCGGACUCCGGCGGUCAACCCGUCCUCGGUGGGGUCAGAACAACUGGGUCGACGGGAAGAGGCCUUCGUGACCGCCUCACACUCCAUGCAGGUAAGGCAAGUCUAUGGCUUGAGGCGAGUAGAGGGAGUGCGUAUGUUGACCGCACCGGAAGCCGAAGGAGGACUGCCUCGGAGUUGUGAUUGUGGAUUUGUGCAAACCAGUCCUCGAAUUACGGUCGACUUUCGUUCGUCAUUUGACAGACAUCAUCGCAGCAGAACACUAUGCUUUACUAUGAUUCACUAA